CAUCACCUGACAUAUACUGUAUACAUACACAAGCUCUGUUCUGUCACACACGGAUAUGUUUAAUCAUAUGUUUAGUUUGGGUUUGGGGAGCAAGGAGAAUCAUUGUGGAGUAAUGUUUAAGAGCAGUAUACAAAAGUAAAAAAAAAAACUUUAAAUCCGCAAUGAAUCAUUUAGAGGAGUCGAGUCCACUUUUGGCAGAGGAGGUUCCUGAGCAGGGAUCCGAAACUGAUGCCUAUCUGAACAAAGUGAAAAAUGGGAGGCUGUACAUUGCUACAUUUGCAGCAGUUCUUGGACCCCUCAGCUUUGGCUUCGUGCUUGGUUACAGCUCUCCUGCUAUACCGGAUUUGCAGCGUAUCCAGGACCCAAGGCUAAGACUCACUGCUGAAGAAGCCUCCUGGUUUGGGUCUGUGGUGACGAUCGGAGCUGGUUUUGGAGGACUGCUCGGUGGCUGGGUGGUGGACAAGAUUGGGCGGAAGUUGAGUCUCAUGUUCUGUGCUUUGCCGUUCAUUUUUGGUUUCACCAUCAUCAUUGCUGCUCAGAACCACUGGAUGCUGUAUGUGGGACGGGUGCUUACUGGUGUAGCCAGUGGAGUUACAUCUCUUGUUGUGCCUCUUUACAUCUCAGAAACAUCUCAUGAGCGUGUAAGAGGAACACUGGGCUCCUGUGUGCAGCUCAUGGUGGUGAUCGGAAUCAUGGGAGCUUAUGUUACUGGUCUGUUCCUGGACUGGGGAUGGCUGGCCAUCACCGCCUCCAUUCCCCCUACACUGAUGCUGGUGUGUAUGUGCUUUAUGCCAGAGACGCCACGCUACCUGCUGUCUCGUGGGAAAAGGAGAGAAGCAGAAGAUGCAUUGCGCUUUCUUAGAGGACAGGACACACCAGUCGAGUGGGAAUGUGCAAAGAUAGAAGCAGCCUCUCGAUAUGAGGAAGGAAGUCUCAGUCUGGCUGAUUUGAAAGACCCUGGUAUAUAUAAACCUUUAGGAGUGGGCAUCAUGAUGAUGCUCUUGCAGCAAUUUACUGGCAUCAACGCUAUCAUGUUCUAUGCAGAAACUAUAUUUGAACAAGCUCACUUCCAGAAUGGCAGUGUUGCGUCGGUGAUUGUAGGAGCCACUCAGGUGUUUUUUACUGCGGUCGCAGCUCUAGUCAUGGAUCGAGCAGGAAGAAAGGUUUUGCUCAUCCUGUCAGGUGUUGCCAUGUGUGUAAGUGAAGCAACGUUUGGCAUUUAUUUCAAGUUGUCUGUGACCAAGCAUGGUAACUCCACACUGAUCAGCACAAUUUUGGAAGCCCAGGAUGCAGUCAGUGAAGCCGCACACACUGAUCUGUCCUGGCUCGCGCUCACUAGCAUGGGCAUUUUUAUAACAGGUUUUGCACUGGGUUGGGGGCCUAUACCAUGGCUCGUGAUGUCAGAGAUUUAUCCCACCAAGGUUCGAGGACUCGGAAGUGCUGUGUGCGUACUCACUAACUGGACCUGUGCCUUCAUCGUGACCAAAACGUUUCAGAAUAUCACGGAUCUCAUAACCAGUGCAGGGACGUUCUGGAUGUUCUCGUGUCUCUGUGCCAUCAACGUCAUCUUCACUGUCUUCUUUGUUCCGGAGACGAAAGGCAAAACACUGGAAGAGAUUCAGUCACAUUUUAAAGGAACUCAUUCUCACUAAGUGAAGACUCUUUUCUCACUGCUAGCACCAAAGUAAAUGUUAUGUGCGUCACUGGAUUUCUUAAACUUGAUUUCUUGUCUCCAAAGACUAAUGUAAUGGAAACAUGACUAAUGUAAGACUACAAAGACUAAUGUAAUGGGAACUUUUUUCAAAAUUGUCUUUCUAAAGAAGGUGAUACAACAGUACCUGGGCUUACAUUUCUAUUUUUAUUUGUUUUGAUAAUAAAGGCACUUUCUCUAUUAAAGUGUAAUAUCAGAUCUUCUGAAGUUUAUCUUCUUCAGUGAUCUCUAACAAAUAGCACUAGUUCAAUAAGUUCAGUUCCAUGAAACAUUAGAUGAAUGUACUUGAAUUGAUCCCUUCAGUUCAGACGCAUCUUCACAGCAAAUAACAUGGCAGAAUUACAGGUUUAAUAAUCCAGUAAGCUAUUGUUCCUGAAUACACCUCCAACUGCCAAUGAACUAAUGCUAUACUUUAAUACAAUGUUGUUUUUUUGUUUGUUUGUUUGUUUUUUUUUUUCAUUUUGUUGUAUUUAAUAAAACUAACCCAAACGCUA